UACUUCUCUCGUAGUUUACAACCUUUGCUGCCGGAUACCAAAGCAUUGAGUGAAAUCAUAUGUGCAGUUUUGGAUCAAAUGAUCAUGGAUUACGAUCUAUUCGAGCGUUCGAACGUUUUACUCAUUAUUUGCAUUCCUAAAUACAUAUUUUAGCUCUUAGAAAAUGGUUUGAAAGCUUUACGUUGUCGUUCCAAGUUUCGAACUUUUGUGUUUACUAUAAAGAAAGCGCUCGUUGUCCUCGUUUGCUUUCGACGAAAUCUACAGAAUGCCUUAUCAAGAAUCAAACAUCAUCAACAUCAACGAGGAACCUAAAYUUGAUUUCACAGAAAAUCCAAGAAAAAGAAACCAUCUGAACUUAAAGAAUACAGUGAAAACAGCUUACACGCAAACAUCUCCAGUGAGUCCCCUUCCAAAAACAAGRAUAGAAUCUGGCCCACCCCCUCUGAUAUCAAUAUCUCCUAAGAUCAAGCAAGAACCAAUGGAACCCAUUCAAGUUACAGUUUCUCUUACUCGACCCUCAGUCAUUACUUCAACUAAAGUUAUUGGUCAGACAGUAAGCUACGUGUCUAAUGAAGUGUACCAUACACCACAAAACAUGGCUCCYGCUCCAGGAUUUCACAGAAGAGAGAUAGUUGAAACGACAACAAGUAUGGUUGAUCCUUUUGUUGAAGAACAUUUUCGCCGUUCACUGGGYAGUGAUUAUAAACAUGUGAGUCCUGAAACUAUGACAGUUGCAGGAUCUGUUGAUGAACAUUUUGCUAAAGCACUUGGGGAUACCUGGAGUCAAAUUAAUGGGAGCAAUAACACAACUUCAUCCAAGUCACAUUCGUUAGUGUCAAGCUAACUAGAUACAAAGAAACCUUGCCAUAGAUUGAUCUUCAUAAGCUGUAAAACAAAGAUUAAUUAUUUGACUGCAGCAUUAAGAUUCGAACCAUAUCAAGGAAAUUUAAGUUGAAUACAGAGUGCACUAAAUUACUAGAAAACUUCUCUUAUAUUGAGCUGAURUGAAGUUUUUGCAAAUAAGUUACUUCAAAAAAAAGUACUUGGCUCCAGGUGGGUGCUUCAGGGAUAAAAUGCAUUUCUCAGAUGUGUUUCUCAAGGGCACUUUAGUUGUGGAUAAGUCAUAUAUUCAUACUAAAUUUUUGUUUGUCUUUUUGCUUAAUAUGUUUUCAUGAAUUUCAAAGAUAUCAAUAAAUUGAAGUAGGUUGUAGCAUUUCCCAAGUGAGAAAAAAAUAACUAUACUCUAGAAAUAUUAUUGGGGAAUGAUGACUGAACAUAUUUCUGUUCAAAUUACAUAUUGUUAUUUUGAGCUGUGGCAUAUAGUUUGAUAAAUUCUAGCAUUCAAACGUUAGAUUAGUUGAAAGUUCUUUCAUAUGAAAAAAGAUUGUAAAUUGGUUUGUGUUUACAAAAGAGUUUAAUUUAAUUAUUUGAGGUAAACAAGGAUAAAAACACAACAAAUUUGAAAUAUAAAACAUAUGAUUUCAUAACUAUUAUUUCUUCAUUUUUGAAGAUUAUUUUUCAAAAAAAUUCCAGCAUAUUCAUUUUAUAAUUCAACAUUAUGUUUACAUGUAAUUUGUAGCUCUCAUGGUAUUGUUUUUGACCGUUUUGUACCAAUUAUAGUGAGAAUUUCAUUUUGAGUAAAAUGCAAAUGUUUUAUUUUGAACCAAAURUUUUCUUUUGGUGGAUAGGGUUUUCCUUGAUUGUUCAAAUUUGUACAUGAUUUUCAUUAAGCUGUUUAAUUGAUAUAAUUUAAAAAUCUAGGCCAAAGUUUUAUGCUUAGGAUUAUUUAUUGUUGGGUUUUGUACAUAGUACAUGAUGAGUAAAAAUUAAAAAUCAAUAUUGUCAAACAAA